GGGUAAGCGCUGCAUCAGUAGAUUCUGCUCGGACUGGCAGCGUGAGGAGUCUUUCUGGUGUUUUAUCUGUGAAGAAAAGCGAGUGUUCAACAUGCAGAUCUUCGUGAAGACCCUGACCGGCAAGACCAUCACCCUCGAGGUUGAGCCCAGUGACACCAUUGAGAACGUGAAGGCGAAGAUCCAGGACAAAGAGGGCAUUCCCCCUGACCAGCAGAGGCUGAUUUUUGCCGGCAAGCAGCUAGAAGAUGGCCGCACCCUGUCUGACUACAACAUCCAGAAGGAAUCCACCCUGCACCUGGUGCUGCGUCUCAGGGGUGGCAUGCAGAUCUUUGUGAAGACCCUGACUGGCAAGACCAUCACCCUCGAGGUUGAGCCCAGUGACACCAUUGAGAACGUGAAGGCGAAGAUCCAGGACAAAGAGGGCAUUCCCCCUGACCAGCAGAGGCUGAUCUUUGCCGGCAAGCAGCUAGAAGAUGGCCGCACCCUGUCCGACUACAACAUUCAGAAGGAAUCCACCCUGCACCUGGUGCUGCGUCUCAGGGGUGGCAUGCAGAUCUUUGUGAAGACCCUGACCGGCAAGACCAUCACCCUCGAGGUUGAGCCCAGCGACACCAUUGAGAACGUGAAGGCGAAGAUCCAGGACAAAGAGGGCAUUCCCCCUGACCAGCAGAGGCUGAUCUUUGCCGGCAAGCAGCUAGAAGAUGGCCGCACCCUGUCUGACUACAACAUCCAGAAGGAAUCCACCCUGCACCUGGUGCUGCGUCUCAGGGGUGGCAUGCAGAUCUUUGUGAAGACCCUGACUGGCAAGACCAUCACCCUCGAGGUUGAGCCCAGUGACACCAUUGAGAACGUGAAGGCGAAGAUCCAGGACAAAGAGGGCAUUCCCCCUGACCAGCAGAGGCUGAUCUUUGCCGGCAAGCAGCUAGAAGAUGGCCGCACCCUGUCCGACUACAAUAUUCAGAAGGAAUCCACCCUGCACCUGGUGCUGCGUCUCAGGGGUGGCAUGCAGAUCUUUGUGAAGACCCUGACUGGCAAGACCAUCACCCUCGAGGUUGAGCCCAGUGACACCAUUGAGAACGUGAAGGCGAAGAUCCAGGACAAAGAGGGCAUUCCCCCUGACCAGCAGAGGCUGAUCUUUGCCGGCAAGCAGCUAGAAGAUGGCCGCACCCUGUCCGACUACAAUAUUCAGAAGGAAUCCACCCUGCACCUGGUGCUGCGUCUCAGGGGCGGCAUGCAGAUCUUUGUGAAGACCCUGACCGGCAAGACCAUCACCCUCGAGGUUGAGCCCAGUGACACCAUUGAGAACGUGAAGGCGAAGAUCCAGGACAAAGAAGGCAUUCCCCCUGACCAGCAGAGGCUGAUCUUUGCCGGCAAGCAGCUAGAAGAUGGCCGCACCCUGUCCGACUACAAUAUUCAGAAGGAAUCCACCCUGCACCUGGUGCUGCGUCUCAGGGGUGGCAUGCAGAUCUUUGUGAAGACCCUGACUGGCAAGACCAUCACCCUCGAGGUUGAGCCCAGUGACACCAUUGAGAACGUGAAGGCGAAGAUCCAGGACAAGGAAGGCAUUCCCCCUGACCAGCAGAGGCUGAUCUUUGCUGGCAAGCAGUUGGAAGAUGGCCGCACCCUGUCCGACUACAACAUCCAGAAGGAAUCCACCCUGCACCUGGUGCUGCGUCUCAGGGGUGGUUGUUAGUUACUGUGUAUCUUGCCCUACAAGGUUCUGCAAUAUCAUUUGUGUUUUGCACUGUAGUUCUUCCAUGUCUUAAUAUUGUAAGUUAAAUGCAAGCUUAAGUUACUGCUGAAGUUUGUGUCAAGCUAAUAAAAGUUGGUUGUUGCAAGUGUUUUGUCUUAUUGUAUAAUGGUAAAAAUAAAUGUUUAUGAACAAUUAA